AUGAUUGAAGAAACAAUGAAGCAAGUUAGGAUUAUCCAGGCAAACAUGAAGGCAGCUCAAGAUCAACAAAAGUCAUAUGCAGACCAUAAUAGGAGAAUAGUGGAAUUUGAAGUCGGGGAAAAGGCUUUACUUAAGGUUUUACCUACCAAGGGAGUCAUGCGUAUGUUCAUGAUCCUACCCAUGCAUGUUAUCCAACCUGAGACUAUUGAGCUAGAUGAGACCUUAACUUUUGAACAACGCCCUGUUAAGAUUCUUGAUACCAAAAUGAGAAGUACUCGAAAUAAGGCGGUAAAGUUAGUUAAAGUGCUAUGGUCUAAUCAGAAUUUUGAAGAAGUAACAUGGGAAGCUGAAUAUGAUAUGAAAAAGCGCUACCCAGAACUAUUUGACAGGUACGCUGAGUUUCGAGGUCGAAAACUCUUAAAGGGGGGUAGAAUGUAA